AUAGUGGAUUAGUGGCCAACCUGGCAACAUCACCACCAGGCCUCAGAGUCAGAACUUGGCCUUCUGUGUUUCGGACAGUGCAAUACCCAGCGUCGAAGCUGGGUGUCCCGCCUCGGUAAACUGUUUUAACCCCUUAACAUCUCCGUUAUAGCUUGUGAUUCUCUUUUGACUGGCGUUAACGGACGUGUGAGUGUGCGUGCGUUGCGUAGCCUAGCCUAGCCUAUUUAUCGCGUCUGGAAAGGGUAAACUUCUCUCGCUGCAUUGCAGCCACAGUGCUGCUAGAAUCCAACACAACAAUGGCGACUCCCAGCCCUAGCACCAAUUCAACAAGCUCGUCUUGCAGCAAGAGUAGUAAUAGCGCAGGAUCCAUUUUACAUCACUACCAGACGCAGGCUCAACAUUUAACAACAAUGACCAACAUGCAGGAUUCCAACACUUGCUGGAGAUGUCAAAAUGAAUCAGCCAGCCGCAGGGCUCUGAAGUUGACCUUUGCCAACCCUCCUAUGAAGCCUUCCACCCGGCUGCCCAUCUCCACCGUGACCCCUCCAUUCCAGAACCCUCACAUAGAGCGGCUGAGGACACACAGCAUUGAGUCUUCGGGGAAGCUGAAGAUCUCCCCCGAGCAGCACUGGGACUUCACAGCGGAGGACCUGAAGGACCUAGGGGAGAUCGGACGCGGAGCAUACGGGUCCGUCAACAAGAUGGUGCACAUACCCAGCGACCAGAUCAUGGCCGUCAAGCGUAUCCGCUCGACUGUGGAUGAGAAGGAGCAGAAGCAGCUGCUGAUGGACCUGGACGUAGUCAUGAGGAGCACAGACUUCCCCUACAUAGUGCAGUUUUAUGGCGCUCUCUUCAGAGAGGGUGACUGUUGGAUUUGUAUGGAACUCAUGUCUACCUCAUUCGACAAAUUCUACAAAUAUGUAUAUUGUUCAUUAGAUGACGUCAUUCCAGAGGAGAUACUAGGCAAAAUAACAUUAGCCACUGUGAAAGCACUGAAUCACUUAAAAGAAAACUUGAAAAUAAUCCACAGAGACAUCAAACCCUCCAACAUUCUCCUGGACCGAAAUGGCAACAUAAAGCUUUGUGACUUUGGCAUCAGCGGCCAGCUGGUGGACUCAAUAGCCAAGACCAGAGACGCAGGAUGCAGACCCUACAUGGCGCCGGAGAGGAUAGACCCCAGUGCUUCCCGACAGGGAUACGACGUGCGGUCAGAUGUAUGGAGCUUGGGCAUCACUCUGUAUGAGCUUGCGACGGGGCGCUUCCCCUACCCGAAGUGGAACAGCGUGUUUGACCAGCUCACCCAGGUGGUGAAGGGAGACCCACCCCAGCUAUGCAACUCCGAGGAGAGGCAGUUCUCCCCCAAAUUCAUCAACUUUGUCAACCUAUGCCUUACAAAGGACGAAUCAAAGAGGCCAAAGUAUAGGGAGCUUCUGAGGCACCACUUCAUCCAGAUGUAUGAGGAGCGGGAGGUGGACGUGGCCACGUACGUCUGCAGGAUCUUGGACCAGAUGCCUCCCUCCCCCAGCUCCCCCAUGUGGGGGGACUGAUGACAUCAUCAUCGUUGUCGUCAUCACCGUUACCAUGGUCACCAUCAUCACCUGCCCCAACUCUCCCAUGUACGGGGACUGAUCUUCAUCCCCACCAUCAUCAUCAUCAUUGUCGUCAUCGUCACCAUCUUCACCACCACCACCACCACCACCGCCGCUGCUGCGCUCUGACCAAGAAACCAGGGGUCCCCUCCAAGGUUUGGGUUUGAGGGGGUAUGGGGGAGGAGAAUGGGAGAGGGGAGGGCUAUGCUCGGGGUGUUACUCUGGGGGUUAACUCUUUCUGGUGCAAACCAUUGAAUGCUUCUUUGACUUGGUUGUCUUUUUUUUUUUUUUAAACAGCAAUGAAGCAAAACAUCAAAAUGAAAAAGAUACACAAAACAACGUACAAUGACAUAAGAAAGGACAAGAAAAAAAAAUCCCAAAAUGUUUUUUUUUUGUGCAAUAACCAUGGCUCUCUCAUGCGCAUCCUACCGACUGAAAUCCAUUACUCCCAUCGAUUUUUAUGUGCUCACGUGUCAUUCAUGUGUAGAAAAUAUAUUCUGUCCGUACAGCUGUUGCAUCGAAAUCAGUUUCCAUCUUACCAUCCCACAACUCGCAUCAGAAGAAAACCAAACUGCAGCCGAAACUGUCUUGAGUAUCAUAUCAUACACUUUAUUCCUUGAAUAGGAAUUUAAAAACAAAAGAAAAAGAUCGAUUUACGUCUAUACUUGAACACAAUGUACGUAAAAUAAAAUAAUAAAGAAAAAAUAUAUAAAUAUAUACACAGAUUUACCAAAUAAGAAAACAAAGUUAGGCAUCGAAAUGGAAAACCAUAAGCCAUUCACACCAGUUCUUUUCCUCAGCGUCUCCGUAUAUGUUAAUAAAAGAAAAGAUAUAUAUAUAUAUAUGUAUAUCUUCUUCUCUCUGCUUCUCUGUAAAUGACUGCGUAUGCAAAAGUAUUGUUGCGUAACAAACGACGACUACAAACGUGUACUGUGGCUUCACUAUGUUUUCAGAUUAUGCAAUAUUGUAAAAUAAAGAGGUCGACUGGGUGGGGAAAGACGAGGUUUUUCCCUCUCGCAUUCAGAACUUCACUCUUGGUGGUGUACUAAAGCUAUUAUGAUGUGCGUCGCUUAAAAAAAGAACUAUUCCUUUAGAGGAGAAGAGUUUACUUGACGUGGUGUGUGUGUGUGUAUGCUGUGUAUGUAUGUGUGUGCGCGCCUGUAUGUAUGCUUAAGAGUGAUAAAGACAAUUCAUUCACAAAUUGUAAAUGUGUACCAUUUGUAUCUUCAACUGCGCAAACAAAUAAGUCAUUCAAAAAAAAUAAAAAUAAUAAUAAGCAAAUAUUAAAGUUCACCACACCACGCACCUGCCUGUCCUGGCACCUGCAGUCGUUGUACAGUACAUUUGGCGUUGUACCUUUGGCCAAUUGAGGCUGUCUCCUCCUCCUCCGCACCAGAUAUUGCCCGCUCAUGAAUGAUGCACACACAACACAACGGCAUGCUCUCUACACAACUUUAGCAUGACGGUCUAGCUAAUGUUAAUGGAAAUGUUCUUUUAAUGUUUUAUUUCCUCUCUUCAUUUUAAAUACAAAGACAUAUGUUCAGGUGUGACAUGUGUCUCAUAUGGGUUUUGUUUGGUAAGGAUGAACACCGUAUGCAGCUAGUCUGACUUCAAAUGUAGCUGGAAAGUACAGGAGUUCAAACGAGUCGUGCGUUUUUUUAAGAAGUGGUUUAGAGUCAGACCAGUCCCGUCAUGAGAGGCUUUAGUCCGAAAAUAUUGAGCAGUCAAUGGAAAAAUACGCUUAAAGUUUCAAGAUCACUGGACAGGCCUGAGUCAACUGAAAUCUGGGCUGAUUUUUCUUUUCUUUUCUUUUUUCUUUUGUCUGCUCUCCGUUAAUGUUUGUUUUUUGUUAGUUUGUUUCUGGGGCCAUUUGGGUUGAAAACAUCUCGCAUCAGUUUUCUGAUUCUGUUUUCUUCCAACACUUUGACCUGUGUGUAAGUCAAAACAAACAAACAAACAAACAAAAAUCUUAAAACUGAAGGCAAGAAAGAGAAACAUGCAAACCCUUCAAUACCUGUAAUGUUAACACAAUCUCUUUGAAAGGAGGUAGACACAAAUAUGUAAAAAUGGCAAUUUUAUUAGAAUGUUAAUAGAUAAAAGUUGGCAAAGUGAUAUUAUUAUGGGCAAGUAUUAUUCUAUUGUACACUAUAUUGUCAAAAGUAUUCUCUAACCUGCCUUGACCCACAUAUGAACUUAACUGCCAUUCCAAUCCUAACCCAUAGGGUUCCUACAGCUGCAAAAGGUGGAUCGAUAUCAUAUUGAAGCCUAUGGGUUAGGAUUGGGAUGGCAGUUGAGUUCAUAAAGUAUAUGAGUCAAGGAAGGUUAGCGAAUUCUUUUGUUAAUGUAGUGUAUAUUUAAUGAGCUGGGCUGGUUGUGGGAGGGAGAGGGGGUGGGGAGCAAGUGUACAGUAAGUUCACACUGUGAAAAUAUUUUAAAUGUAUGUUCUGAACCAUAGCAAAUUGUUUUAAAAAAAUAAAAGAAGAAAAAAAUAUACACAAUAAAUAAAUGACUAAAAAAGACGAAAGGUGACGUGCAGGGAUCUUGCCUUAUCAGUCCUGUAGCGGGAGUAGGGCUUGCUGUGGCCCAGAUCACUCCUCCUAUGUACUACACACAAUAUUUAUGAAAAUAUCCAUGAAGUUUUAGUGUUCACAUAGUAAUGAGAUGAGGUAAAUAAACAAAAAACAAAGAAUAUCUGCCUGCGGGUCAGUUGUAAUUAUUAAAAUUAGGAUUUGAUUUUUUUUUCUUUUUUUUUUCUUUGUUUUGGUGACCUUAUAUUAUGUCAUUGUUUUGUAAGGUCUGGAAAUACAAAAAUGGCUAAAUAAAGUAAAUUGAUCAGCACAGUG